GCUCGAGCGAAAUGUGAUGGAUGCUCAUUCAUAAUUCCUUGACAGUGUCUGCGAAUUGAAUGACUUGGAAUUUUAAUUUGGUGUUAAUUAUAUGCUGAACUUUUAUGAGUUGUUAUUUAACAAAAGAGAAAUAAUAUUUCACUCAAUAAUUUAUUUCAUAUUCGUACGUUGUCAGCAUCACCGAUUUUAAACGAAAAAGUCGCGGUUACGCAAUUCCAUUAAUAUUUUGACUGAUUCCAUCACAUUUGAAAACUUUGUUGAAGGUAACAAAAUGGCUUUGUCAGUGGGACGUAUCAACGUGGAUGAGCCUUUAUAUGAUCUAAGUACAUUUGCCGGCCGCUUUCGUUAUUUUGCGUGGAUGACGGAUCCACGCACUGUAAUUUUACCCAAUGAACGUUUGAUGGAAGCAAAAACGUUGGUAGAAAAAUACCGAUUGGGUCAGGAGCCGGCGAACACUACUCAAGAACAAGUCAAAUAUGCAAUGAAACUUUAUACGUCCGCCUUUCAUCCAGAUUCGGGAGAGCUGCAAAAUGUUGCAGGACGUAUGAGCUUCCAGGUCCCUGGCGGUAUGCUGAUAACCGGUGGCAUGUUGGCCUUCUACCGCACGGUGCCUGCCGUUGUGCUCUGGCAAUUCAUCAAUCAGUCAUUCAACGCCGUUGUCAAUUACACAAAUCGUAAUGCAGAUUCACCAACUACAGUUAUACAACUAGGCGUUGCAUAUGUGUCGGCGACUACUUCAGCACUGAUAGCGGCACUCGGCUGCAAGAGCUAUUGGUCCAAGCGUGCAAGUCCACUAUUCCAGCGAUUUGUGCCUUUCACUGCCGUUGCAGCAGCUAAUUUUGUUAACAUUCCACUUAUGCGUCAAAAUGAAAUAAUCAAUGGCAUAGAGGUGAAGGAUGAGAAUGGCAAUAUUGUGGGGCGUAGUCGUUUAGCAGCGGUCAAAGGCAUAACUCAAGUGAUUGUUUCACGUAUUACCAUGGCAGCGCCAGGCAUGUUGAUAUUGCCCCUAAUUAUGGAGCGCUUGGAGAAAAUACCGGCUUAUCGGCGCAUUCGUUGGAUAGAUGCACCUUUCCAAACAAUGAUGGUCGGCUGUUUCUUGCUUUUCAUGGUGCCCACUGCCUGCGCUUUCUUUCCGCAAAACUGUUCCUUAAAGACGUCAACGAUAAAAAUGCUCGAGUCUGAUCAGUAUGCUGAAAUGGAGACUAAUACUAAAGGCCACGUACCGCAGCGUGUAUACUUCAACAAAGGCUUGUAAGCUUGUAAAUGCGCGAUGCCGCAUCACACAAUUUGAAUACAAUAGACAAUACUGCACCAGUGGGCUGCUUCGCUGGUACAUAACGCCCAUUUGAGAUAGCACAAUUACUUAAAAUUACUGCUGUUAAACUUGCCGUCAGUAGUAAAUUGAAAGCGGGACUUCUUAAAAGUAUUAACGCAAAAAAUUGUUCUUGAAUGCGCAACUUAAUUGGAAAUUAAUAGCUUACCGCGUCGUUGGUUGUAAAAUGAAAGUUAAUUGCUUGGAAUCAAUGAAUUUAAGAAGUCACGCGCAGUCUCUGGAAACUAUUUUUAAGCCAAAAUAACUACGCAUUUUGUAGAUGUGAUUUAGAUAUUUAAUUUUGUGUUUUGUUCCUUGAAUAUUCUUAAAGUUUUUAUGUAUACACGAAAUUUGUAUGGCACUGGUUGAUUUUCACUUUUUUAUUGUCAAAUUUGAGUGUUUUUUGUUAUACUUUACUUUUAUUACUACUACUAUUUUAGUAUUCAUUUCUAAGCGAAAAUUUGUUUACUAAAGUCAGAGAAUAAGCACGCCCCUGUGGCAUUUAAAUUAACCCAAAAUCUUCGUGUGCGGUAUUUUUCGUAAUUUUUUCUCAAAAUAUAAUUUUGCUCAAACGCAGUGUUGUCCACAUAAGUAUGCAUAGCUCCAACAAUAUCUCCGUAGAUUUCGACAACCAUCGUUCAUGAAUUAGUAAGUAAUUUGUAUAUUGAAAUUAAGCGUAAAACGUGCAUAAAUGUAUUGUAUUGAUUUUUCAAAAGAAAACAAUAAUAAAAACAAAGAAACAUUCAAAGGUAA